AUGCAGUUUGAUGUAUCUUUUUUUUCCGGGUUAGGAUGCGGCUUAUGCAUUGGUAUAUCUUUGUAUGCAUUAACUAAAUAUUUUGGGUCAGUUUCAAAUACUGUUAAAGCUGCAAAAAGGAUAGCAACAGAUUCAGAAUAUAAACUAGUUUUGGUUGUGAGGACAGAUCUGGGCAUGGGUAAAGGUAAAAUUGCAGCUCAAUGCAGCCAUGCUGCAGUUGGUGCAUAUGAUAAAGCCUUAAAAAGAGAUCCAGAAGGACUAAAAAUAUGGCAAUUGACAGGCCAAGCUAAAGUAGCAGUUAAAACAGAUUCAGUAGAUGAAAUCAAACAAAUAGCUGAUAAUGCUAAAAAAUUAGGACUUGUUACAUCACUCAUAAGAGAUGCGGGAAGGACUCAAAUAGCCCCUAAUUCUAUUACAGUGCUUGGUGUAGGGCCUGCACCAAAGAAUGUUAUUGAUAAAGUGACAGGACACUUGAAAUUGUUA